AUGGCAUUGAGAAGCUUGGCUAUUCUAUCUGCCGGCUACUGUUGGGGCGCGCCCCGAGCUGGAAAUGAUAAGGGCCCAUCCGCCAUUUUGAGUUCCAACCUAGUCGAGCAACUCGUCACGUUCGACCGUUUGUUGGAGAUCAUCCGCAUUGUACCCCCACAACGCCGUGGCCAGUUGUGUCUUUGA